UGUAGAUAGAACAGAGGGUUUGUUGGAAGAGAUUCUCAAAAUGAUAUAAGGCUAGAUGUAGUCAACAGCAAUGAUAAUCUACUCAUCAAAGUGCAAACAACCUUUAGUGAAGUUAAUAAGCAAGAAGGAGUGAGCCUGUCCCAUACCCUUCACAAAGACUGCCUGGAAUAUUUUACUUUUAAAAAGGGUUAGAUCCAGAUAAGAUUAUGCCUUGCCUUGUUGAACAGAAUAUUAUGUGAACAAUCAUGAAGGCAUGUUGCCAUAGAACCAACAAAUAAGUGCAGAUUUUUUUUAUCGACACAAUUGCAGUAUAUAGUAAAUCAGGCAAAUGGUGUAAGAAGAAAGAUUUGAUAUAGAUAAUGGGUUCUCUUAUUUAUCUUUUAUGUAUUUAAACAUUGAACGAAUGGAUCACAACAUGAUGGAUCGCGAUUUAAAUACGGAAGCAGGUGUUUAUUUUAUGGAUGUACAUUAAAAUAACAGAUGUAUUGGAUUAUUUUUUAAACACGUGGAAGUGGAGAAACAGGUCAUGUACAAGUGCUUCAAUAGAGGAAAGCGAAAAAUCAUCAGCCAAUUUUCUAAUGUAGACGUAUUCCAUUGACAGAUGUUUUAUUAAAAGAAGCUAUGCACAGGAGUGUUAAUGUUGAAGUCAUUUACCCCUAUUUACAGGUACUUUUCCAGGAAAGUAAACAUGAGAUCUUGGAGGUGUUGUGUUUUGGUUUGUUACAUCUGACAUGCUUUCAUGCUCAUCCAACGUUAUUGAUUUUCUCAUCUUACUGGUAUAAACCUGUGAAUACAUUGUUAUAACUAAUAUUUAAAGACGUUGAUAAAAAUUUUUAAUUGGGGAUGACGUAUUUAAGGCAACAACCACAAUGACCUGAUGUCAACUGAGCAAAACUAUAUGAAUGACAUAGAUGAUAACACCCUGAAUUUAUUACCUAGUAUUACAGGUUGUGAUGGUGAUGAUAUUCGAGGUGAAGAGAACCUUGACCUUCAAUUGGACAGAAUGAACAUGAACGAGCCUCCUCCACAAUUCUUGCAGCAACUUAUCUCCCAUACUACUGAUAAUGUUCCUUUGACUUUGAAAUCAGAGGAGGAGAGCGACUAUGCUCACGGCACGAUGUCUUUUCUAAACAGUGACUGCAGUUAUUUUGCACAGCAAAAUUCACCCGAACAAUUCUCCACUCUACACUCUCCACCACACUUUUCAAAUGCAACCAAUCCGUUCAACGUAGUCACGUGCUCACCGCAGUCUAAUCAAAGCAUGUCGAAUGCUGUCCACUCACUAUCACCUAUGAAUACUCGGCCGAACAUGAAUAACUUUGCCCAACCAAGGAUGUGCUUGAACAACGCUAUGCUUCACGGCAGCCCUGUUGAACAGCUUCCCGAUACGACAAAGUUUCCCGGUGUGUACGACUUCAAGCUGUCGUUGGGACCUCACACGGAGAGUGCUACCAAGUCAGCCGAUUAUACGUAUUCACCGUCCCUGGAGAAACUCUAUGUUCAACGUGGAGCGCACUGUCCGUUUAAAUUCAAAACAACAUCCAGACCCCCGCCUAACUCCUACGUGAACAUAUUGGCGGUGUUUAAAGGGAAUCAUGUGUUAAGCGAACCUGUCAGAAGGUGUUCUAAUCAUGCUGAAGGAGAUGACGAAGGGAAUCCUCGCUAUCACUUUAUCCGUGCAAACACACGACAAGCACAAUACGACACGUCGGAAAGUGGUCGGCUUUUUUUGACGAUACCUUACACAGGUCCUCCAGCUGGUGCUGAGUUUCAGACAGAACUUCUAUCUUUCAUGUGUUUCAAUUCAUGUGGUCACAGCAGUCACUCAAAGCGAAGAAUUGACGUCAUUUUUACUUUGGAAAAUAAUGGACAGGUACUUGGUCGUCAAGUGAUUGAAGUGCGAGUGUGUGCGUGUCCAGGACGUGACCGAAAUAAUGAGGAAGCGGCCAGCCCAAGAAACGGGGCUAGAUCUAUAAGAAGAGCUUCUUACGUCGGACCUGGUCGUGGUGGAAAACGACGAAAGGUUAGCAGUACUGCUGGAGAUGAAGAAUAUGUCAUUAAGACAAACAAUCACGCUUACUACCAAGUUCUUUCGCAACUUUUGCACUCACUCGAAUCUCAAUUACCACAGCUUCCAGAUGUAGCCGCUCUACGAAAUACUUCUCCACUUUCUACAGAGUCAAGUCCUGGAAACGUCUUCAAACCUCUUCAAGAAGAGGAUAGCGCUGAAGAUGAAACAUGAAGCGAAGUCGUACGGAUGAAUGGAUGAAUUAAUUUGGGUCCUAAGGACCUCCCUGUUAAUAAAUAUUUUGUUUUAUACCUCUUAAAGAGGCUUUUUAAAUAUUUUUGUCGUUUUGAAUAUUUAAAUUUACAUAUUUGUGUUUGUUUGUUUGUUUGUUUUGUUUUGUUUUGUUUUGUUUUUUUAAAAUUGUUAGCUUACUCAGGAAGCAAAUCUUUACUUCGGGGGGUACAUUAGUGCAAAUUAUAUCUCCUGUUUUGUUUUUAAAUAAUCGUAUUCUGUGCAUUCUUAUCUAUACAGUAAUAAAAAUCAUCUUUCUGAAGUGGCUGUGCGUCUCCAGCAACCAUACCGUAAUCUUCAAACAAGUGUUUAACCCCGUAAAUAGAUGCACAAGGGACAAAAAAAUUCAGCUUGGGCGUUUAUUUGAAAUAUAUGGCGUUAUUGGGUGGCAAAAAUAUAAUCUUUGUGUGUUUAAAAGCACGAGGCAAGAAACAUCACGUUCCUGUGUAAUAAAAUACAUCGCGCAUGCGUAAUAAGGCUCCCUGUUUUCGUUUCAUUGUACAUGCAUUUAUAAACAUCUAUAUAUAUUUCACAACUUCUUUUCAUGUUGUGUUUUCUUCAUAUUACUGGAGACAUUUUUUAACUUCAUAAUAAACAUUUUAAUUGGUUGUAUGACAAGUCAAAUGUUUUCAGCAACCUCGACCCGCUGAAAGGAGUCUCGGGUUGAAGUGGCUAUCUUCUCUAAUUUUUUCUGUUUUAUAUUUUCUAGGUAUUUUUUGUAGAGCUAUAUAUAUCUAACCAAAUUACUUAAACCUUUUCAUAUCUGGCUUGGUAUUAUUCUUUUGACCAAUCACGUCUCUUUUCUGGGAAUCCAUAGAAGGUUCAGAGCCAAAAUAUUGUAGCUAUCGAAACAAGUUACUUGAAAGUCUGUUGAUCGAGACAAAACCCUUGAAAAUUUGAUGAUCAAGACAAAACCCUUAAAGGCCUGUUGAUCGGGCUAAGGAAAUUUUGUGUUUUAAUCUAAUAAAUGAAUUUUAAAAUCUUAUUCCCAGACCUCUUCAUUUAUAGCAAAAUGUAUGUUUGUGAGGAACUGGGAAUGAGGUUUAUUAGAUUGUGAUAAUGUAUUUUAAUUGAUUAAAAACGAAAACUUAAUUUUAUUUGCAGCUCCUAUACCUAGUUUUGUCAUAAGUUUAAAAAGAUUGAAUGCAAGGUUGCUGUUAUGUGUAUAUAUUAAUGCGAAGUACGAAAAUACCAACUUCUAGCGCAUUCCUCUUUUAUAAAUUGUCAUCAGUUGAAUGUGCGCGAAGUUGUACAAAUCUUAAAUUAUGGAAAAUAGUAUUUUAAAUAUAUUUUUAAACUUUGUUAUACAAAUCUCUGAAACAAA